GCUUGGGCAGGGGCUCUAGAGAUUGAAGUUCUUUUCCACAAGAAUCCAGAGCUAGAAGUUUUAUCAUGGUUAGCACAUUGAAUUUGUUUGUCAUCUGCGUCACUCUCUUCUCGAUUUCCAUCCAAGCCGCGCUGGAAUGCGAGGAGCUAGCGGUCGAGGACUGCGCGUUCGCGGUGUCGGGCUUGGGAUCUCGAUGCGUUCUGGAGAAGCGCGUCCUGGAGAGCAAGAUCGUUGUUUACCAGUGCCAGACGUCCCCUGUCUUGGCGGAGAGAUCCGAGGCAUGGAUCGAAACCGACGAGUGCCUGGCGGCGUGUGGCCUGGAGAGGAUGUCGGUCGGGAUCUCCACCGAUGGAAUCAUCCGCAAGGAGUUCCUCAGCCGCUGGUGUUCUUCUCAGUGCCAGGCCAACUGUCCCAACGUUGUCGAUCUCUUCACCAAGCUCGCCUCCGGAGAAGACAUCCAUCUUCCACACAUUUGCAACUCCAUCCGACCCAGCUCUCGUAAGCUGAUCGGUGAAUCCUUGAGCGCUAUGUCAAAGGGCACGAAACAGGCCAUCGAUUCGCUCCACAAUGCCGAGGCCCCCGAGGCUCUUCACGGUGCCGAGGCCCCGGAAUCUCUCACCUUCCUGGACUCGUCCGAUGCCAUGGCGCCAUCUCCGGACGUCAUGUGAUUCGUUUCUUUAGAUCCAUCACAAAGAUACUCAAAAAAUCUCAUAUAAUAUUCACCAGCUAGUCGAAAUUCUAGAAACCGUUAAGUUGUAGUUCGUGGCAUGAUCAUAAGAAAGUUGGUAGUCGUGAGCGCAUGUUAUUUUGCCCCCAAAUUCAAUCACUAGCUCAACAACACCGAAUUGACUCA